AAGAUCACCAUUUACGAGGCAUCUGAUAGGCUGGGAGGUUGGAUAGACACACACCGCACUCAGGUCAUGACUGAAGAGGGCAACGAGGCCACUGUCACCUUCGAGCGUGGCGCUCGUGCUGUCUCGCCCCAGCAUGGCUUGGGCAGAUGGGAGGAUUUCGUGCUGUUUGAUAUGAUGGAGCAAUUAGGUCUUUACGAGCUGCCUGACGACCAUCCCGACGCCCCUUCCAAGACCACGAGACGUGGUUCAAUUCUCAGCCAGCGCUACAUGUAUUAUCCAGAUCACCUGGUACAGCUUCCAGGAGCUCCAGAGGCCAAAAAUUUACUCUCGGGGUUGUCUUGGUUCUUCGGGACCUUAAAGCAGGUCCUGACGGAACCCCUCUUCGAAGGCGCCUUGUCCUCGGCCAAGAGCCUCUAUCGUCAGGAUGCGGAGGCGAAAUGGAAAUGGCAACAGGACAGGCCGAAAGGCCUACCCCCACGGAUCGCAAUCGCCGACCAUCAGGACAUGUCCACCGGGGCGUUUCUUGAGAAGGCUUUUGGUCGUCCAGAUGUUGUCAACAAUAUGCUGUCAGCAUUGUACCAUGGUAUCUGGGGCGGAGAUAUAUGGAAGCUGAGUGCCGCUGAGACGACCAUGCAGAACUUAUUUUUUCAGCUCCAACAUUCCGGCUUAGGCGUGAGCGUUGUCAAGGAUCAUGACUACGACUCCGGAAGAGACCUCCUUGCAAGAAACCCCAAGAUCCCAGAGGUCUGGCGCUCCUUUGGUUCUCCAGCUGGUUUCCUUGGCUUUCACGGCGGGUUCAGCACCUUGACCAACGCGAUAGCCGACGUCCUGCGCCACAAUGAAAAUGUCACCAUCAAGACGGGCACUCCUGUCACAAAAAUCCAAUACGAGAAGGAUGAGGGAAAGGCAGUGGUAGGCUUAUCACCGACCGAGGAGCACAAGUACGACAAGGUCAUAUCGAGUCUGUACAGCGGCACUCUUGCCAGUCUGUCAGGGGAUACUCUCCCUGCCCUGAAGAAGAGCACUGCCGUCACCAUACAGGUCGUCAACCUCUGGUAUCCCAGGUCGCUCCUCAACAGCCCUCACCGAGGGUUUGGCUAUCUCAUCCCGCAAUCUGUCCCUGUACAGGACAAUCCGCACGGAGCGCUCGGCGUCAUCUUUGACUCGGACCGCGAAUCAGCAGCUAGUACCCCCGAGUACGCAUCCGUGGGCGGCACUAAGCUGACUGUCAUGCUCGGCGGUCAUUACUGGGACUAUCUACCACCAGAGUCCUGGCCCGACGCACAGGAGGCCGCUAACAUGGCCAUCCACACCGUCAGCCAUCAACUUGGUAUCUCACCUUCUGAGCCUGCAUAUGUAAACACCAAGGCCUGCCGCGAAUGUAUUCCCCAGCACCUCGUGGGCCACCGGGCGCGCAUGGCUCAGGCACACACCGAGCUGUACGAGUCCUUCCGUGGCACCCUAGCCGUGGUAGGUAGCUCGUACACGUCGCCGGGUGUGCUGCCCAACCUCAAGGCGGCGCGGGACAUGGCGCUCAAGGUCGCGGGUCAAGGAUACAAGACCGGAGAGAGAGGUAUGGAGUCCUACAUGACACACGUUGGCGAGACGGGGCUGGGUCGCUUC